UUGUAUUUAUAAAGUUCUGCAUCUUUAUAAAAAAUGGGGCUCCAAUGUUCUUUUUGUGAUACAAAAUGAUGCUGGCUUUCAUAGUGGUAGCUAAAAAAAUCAUUUGCUAUACAUUGUUAAUAUUGGAUAACCAGGAGUUUUGUCUUUUGACAGCAAAAUGCCGAUGUGACGUUGAUCCCUACAAACGAUCCAACUGUGGACCUCCUGGGAUCACUCCCCAGAAAUGCAAAAAUUCAGGAUGUUGCUUCAAUUCAACAGUGCCAGGAGUCCCUUGGUGCUUCAAACCAGCCCCUCCAAAAUCAAAAUGCCAAUGUGACGUUGAUCCCUACAAACGAUCCAACUGUGGACCUCCUGGGAUCACUCCCCAGAAAUGUGAAAAUUCAGGAUGUUGCUUCAAUUCAACAGUGCCAGGAGUCCCUUGGUGCUUCAAACCAGCCCCUCCAAAAUAUAGAAAGAUGUGUCCUACAGAUGUGGCAUUCCGGAAGAACUGUGGCUACCCAGGAAUCUCUGCCAUUGAAUGUGCAAUGAGAAAGUGCUGUUUUAAGAGCAAACCACCUGGUGUCCCAUGGUGCUUUUUUCCUAUCAAUGUGGAAGAGGAGUGUUAAAAUGUUGCUUCAGUAAGGAACUUUCACAAAGAGCACGCUUUUGACACAACUAUUCAAGCACAACGUUAUCCCAUGUGGUGUAGUAAUUUUGGCUUCCAUGAUACAUUAAUGCAUCUUUAUAGUAGACAGUUAAUUACAGAUUUUGUUACUUCUUUACAUCUCCUAAAGACAGCCGUGAUGAUAAAAAAGCAAUAUAUUUAAGUUUAGGAAUGUAUUAUAAAUUUGCCUCUUGUACUGAUAUCCAGAUAGUAGUCUACACAUGAGAUAUUAGCUUUUUAUAACUGAAAAUUUCAUUUGUGAGGUGCUCCUGUGAUUAGAAAUAUACCAUCUGAAUAAUAUGCUAUUAAAUCAUGCAAAACAAAUUAAAUAUAACUGUUUGUGCUAAUAGAACAUCUAGUUUGCUUUAUAAGCUUUAGUAUAAAUUGUUGUCAAUGAUAAAAAGCUUCUGACAUCUUUUUUUAUUUAUGUUCAUCAAGCAUGUAUUAGAUAACAGAUAUAAGUAUAAACAUAAUUAUGAAUACAUGAAAUGGAUAUGAAUAAAA